GACUACCAUUCAGUUGUGUGAUGGUAAGACGCCGAAGCAGAAUGAUUUUUGGUCUUGUGGGCACAGGGUGGUAUUGUAUGCCGCCAGCCUGUUGCAGCAGGGAUGGGCAGAUCAGGUUUUGGAAACCGAUGGACCAUUCCAGCCCUUCGACAUUGUGGAUAAUGACGUUGCUUCAUUCAGAUUGCAGUCCCUGUGUGCAGGGGACAAAUCCAUGGGGAAGUGCAUCAAGGCAGAGCCACUUCCCUUUGUGAAGGCAGAAGCACGUUUCUUUGUCAAGACAGAAGCCAAGGAGCCUACUGCGCCGAAAGACCAGGCGCCAGGCACCAGUGCUACGUCAGCCUCUGCAGGUGAGCCUAGAGUCAGUAUGCAGGAAUCUUCAAAGCCAGAGAAAAGGGAGGGGUCCAUUCCAGCGAUGAGUGUUCCAACUCCUGUGCGGGCUAGUGCCCUGCCAAACUCAGUGAAGCCUGAGUCUACAUCCAAGCCAGCGACGCCUGCCAAUUGUCCAGCCACGAGUCCACCGAAUGAAGAGGAUUCCGAAUCAGACAGUACACUUUCAGAAGGGAUGAAGGAAUACAUGGAUCGGGUCCAGAAAGAUCUUGAAAGACAAUUGGAGGGGGAGCUUUCAAGGUUUAGACGGUUGAAGAAACAGCUGAAAGCCGAGAAGGAGGAGAAGCAGAUGAAGGAAGAGCUUGACAUGCAGCAAGAGACCGGAAUCAAAAAGACAAAGAAUAAAAGGCACAAGAAAAAACUGGCGGAUGAGGACUUGGAGCAAUCGAUUGAGAAGAUCAUGUCUCAAAGAUCCGCCAAAAAGUUGCGCAUGAAGCAGAUCUCAUUUGCCAAAGAUGUUCUUACUGAUGCUGGGGUCAACUACAAUCAGCACUUCCAAGCCCUGCACAAGAAUCUCCUUGCAGAAGCAUGCCCGAAGGAAAAGCUACCAAAAGGGCACUGGGAGGAAUUUCUUUUGGGCAUCGCUGGUGACCAAGAGAUAUCAUGCAAAGCGUGUAGGGCACUCAUGAUUCGCCAUGACCUUGGCAAGUUCAUUGGUGAUAGGAGGGAGAAGGAACGUUCACGCACAGACCAGUCUUUACCAAAGACAGGGGCUACCGCUACAGAGCCUCAGCCAACACCUUGUUUGGAGAUUGUCCCAUAUGUGCCGCAAAGUUCCCGAGCUAUCAGCCCACCACGCAAAAGAGCCAGAGCUGGACGCCCUGCUAGAGGGGAAGGAGCAAGUUUCAACAUCUGGAAAUUUUGCGAGGAGAGCCGCCCUGGUGUGUACAAGAGACUUUCAGAAGAUGAGGCAAUGGGUCCAAAGGAGAAGCAUGAACGGUCUGAGCGACAUCAGGUUGCACUGCAAAAGGAUGACACCACAGACUUGGGUGUGUGCUCAGGCUUGGAUUUGGAAUCGGAUGUGGGAUGCCGAUCAUUGAUUGGACGAAACAGCGACAUCCUGAGAAUCUGGCUCCAGAGUGGGUCCAUUGCAGUGACACAUUCACCUGUGCAUCAAGUCGUAAUCUUCAAUGGCAUUGGUGGACAUUUGUUUCUCAGAGAUCAGGGGUGCAUGUCUUCUUCGAACGUGACCAACUUGCGUGGUCACCCCUGUUGUGAAAAGUGUUGGCGGCAAGCCAACAAACACAAGCUAGCUCAGUGCUUCCAUGACUGGGCUUGCAAGAUUUGCUUCGUUCGCCUCACACAUUUGACUCUGCAAGAUGACCGUGAGGAAGUCAUGCGGCUGGCCAAAAACAUGAAAGUGAUGUUCCCAGAGCUUUCGGAGCAAUGUUUGGAGAAUAUCUCGUACCAAGAAGCCCUUCAUCGUGCCAAAGAAGGGUUCAUCCACAUCCCGGUUGCCUACCAGUCUGUUGCACUCAAGGAGUUUUUGGACCGAAGUCUCAAGUAUUUGACUCCCAAUCUCAAGGUGACAGCAUCCAAGGAUGUUAAAAGGAAGAUUGAUACUUACGUGGAAGCUCUUUGCAAUGGAAGUCUCAGUGAUACCGAAUGUGAGAUUCUGGAUCUGGUUGCAAAGGGAACAUUGAAGGGAGAUGAAAUAGCUCGAGCACUGGUGCCAAAUUUACUCAGAAAAGCAGACCGCCAGCUUCGUGGCAAAACAGCCCGAACAGGAUCUCAGUCCAAUUGCGAACUCGGUUUGCUCAAGCUGGGAUUUAGUUUGGGAGGGUUGCUGAACAACAAGCACAUCCAAAAGGCAUUUGGAAUUUCUCGACAGUCUGGUGUGCGCCCGCAGUCGUUGCGCUCCGACUUCUUACCUUUCUUUUUCGGCGCCAGAGGAUCAGAUCUCGAGCAGGCAGCUCGACAGGCCCUGUCAAUGCUGAACAUGGACGGCUGCAACGAGUUCAUGGUUGUCCGUGACGAGACAGCAUAUGCCAGAUCUUACGACCUUGUCUAUGGUCUAGGUGACUUGUGCUGCAUAGGGGGUGGGAAACGGUGGGAUGAUGUGGGAUGA